GCAGAGGACUAACGUGGAGUCGAGUCCAGUCUGUCUUUACAUAUCUACAAAGUUUUAGAUAAGAUUAAAAAAAAUUCGGAGUCCGUCGGGAUACCUGCUGUCCUGUACAUUCAGUAACAAUAACAUCGUAUGUUAUCUCGUAAAUUUGGUCACACGCGUCACAGUUAGCUUUAUAACCACCUGAAUUACCAGCUUGUGUAACUCGCGACAAGUCGUUAUUUUGUUGAGUAAAAACAACUGUUUUCUUAGUAACCUGUACAUCUUCAGUUAGCUCCGUCGUCUGCGUCGCUGCUGGAAACAAUGAGCUGCACAAAAGAAGAAAGUCGCAGUGCAUCCCCUCACUGCCCCAAACCAGAUGAAUCUGAGGAACCGCUGGGCACAGCCAUGGAGACUGGAGCUGCCAAUGAUGUUGGUGUGAAAUCUGAGAAUAUGGCAUCUGAAGUGGUUAUCACCAAGGAAAUGGAGGAAGAAGAGAAGCAGCUCAUGGAGGAAGGCGAAAGGAAAGAGAGGGAGAUGAUGGAAAAGGCCCGGGAAUCAUGGCAGAGGGACUCUCAUGACAUGCGCUUUAAGAGACUGCAGCAUCUGCUUCAGAAGAGCAACAUCUACUCUAAAUUCCUGCUGACUAAGAUGGAGCAACAACAGAACGAGGAGAAACUCAGGAAGGAGAGGCUGGAAAAGAAGACCAAGAAGGUGCAGAGCACAAACAGUGCAGAACCUGACAAAGAUAAAAAGAAGAGGAGGAGGGAUGAAGACUACAAAAUAUCAGAUGUCAUGUCAAAAGAAGAAAUCAUGUCACAAGCCAAAAAAGCAAAGGUGGAGGAAGCGGAUGAAGCACCGGCUCAGAAAAAACUAGAAGCCGAGGACAUUGAGAAGAUGAGUGACUCCAAUCAAGACAUCAAGAACCGUCUAUCAGAGACGGUGCGAGACAACGCCAAGCAUCUCCUGCAUCCUCACAGGAAGGUGAACGGCCAGCCGGUCCCCAUCCAGCAGCCACAGCUCUUCACCGGAGGGGUCAUGAGGUGGUACCAGAUCGAAGGAAUCGAGUGGCUGAGGAUGUUGUGGGAGAACGGCAUCAACGGGAUCCUGGCUGAUGAGAUGGGACUGGGAAAGACCAUCCAGUGCAUCGCUCACAUCGCCAUGAUGAUAGAAAAGAAAGUGAUGGGCCCCUUCCUGGUGGUUGCCCCUCUCUCCACUCUGCCCAACUGGAUCAGCGAAUUCAAGCGCUUCACGCCAGAGGUGUCUGCGGUGCUGUACCACGGCCCCCAGCCAGAGAGGGCCAAACUGCUGAAGCAGAUCCGCCGGCCUCAGGGGCCCCUCAGCAUGUGCCCCGUGGUCAUCACCUCCUUUGAGAUCUCCAUGAUUGACAGGAAAUUACUCCAGCGCUUCCAGUGGAAGUACCUGAUAGUGGACGAAGGUCACCGGAUCAAAAACCUCAACUGUCGCCUGGUCCGGGAGCUGAAGACACUUCCCACUGACAACAAGCUGCUGCUGACGGGCACGCCGCUGCAGAACAACCUGGCUGAGCUCUGGUCCCUCCUCAACUUCCUCCUGCCAGAGGUCUUUGAUGACCUCAAGAGCUUCGAGUCAUGGUUUGACAUCAACACCCUCGGGGAGGCUGAGAGUGUGGUGGCUACAGAGCGUGAGCAGAACAUCCUGAGCAUGCUGCACCAGAUUCUGACUCCGUUCUUGCUGAGGAGGCUGAAAUCAGACGUGACGCUGGAGGUUCCCCCUAAGAAGGAGAUCAUCGUCUACGCUCCUCUAACAGCCAAACAGGAGGCCUUUUACACAGCUGUGGUCAACAAGACCAUCGCCAAGAUGCUGGGCCAGGAAAAGACGGAGGCUCCUGUAGCGCUGACGUCGAGCGGCAGGCCUAAGCGCCGCAGCCGAAAGGUGGUGGACUACAAAGAAAGAGAUGGAGACACACCGCUUGGCCUGGAGAAAUACCUGGAGAAGGUCCGCAAGGAGCUCGAGCAGAGCUCCUCCAGCGCCGCUCCAGUGCUGGACGUCCAGAGUCCGCUGGACGCUCAGAUCAACCUGAAGCUGCAGAACAUCCUCAUGCUGCUAAAGAGAUGCUGCAACCACCCCUACCUGGUGGAGUACCCCCUCGACCCCGCCACACAGGAGUUCAAGAUUGACGAGCAGCUGGUGCAGAGCUCUGGGAAGUUUCUCAUACUGGACAGACUGCUGCCUGCACUGAAGAAAAGGGGACACAAGGUUCUGAUCUUCAGUCAGAUGACGUCCAUCUUGGAUUUAUUGAUGGAUUACUGCUAUCUGCGGGGCUUCCAGUACAGCCGGCUGGAUGGCAGCAUGUCCUACGCCGACAGAGAUGAAAAUAUGACCAAGUUUUCCAAAGAUCCGGAGGUGUUCCUGUUCCUGCUGAGCACCAGAGCAGGAGGACUCGGCAUCAACCUGACAGCUGCUGAUACAGUCAUCAUCUUCGACAGUGACUGGAACCCCCAGGCAGACCUGCAGGCUCAGGAUCGCUGUCACCGCAUCGGUCAGACCAAACCAGUGCUGGUGUACCGCCUGGUCACAGCCAACACCAUCGACCAGAAGAUCCUAGAGAGGGCCUCGGCCAAGAGGAAGCUGGAGCAGAUGGUCAUUCACAAGAAUAAGUUCAAAGGUGGGAAGGCAGAGCUGAACCAAAGCAAAAGCUGCAUUGAUCUGGAUGAGCUGAUGGAUCUGCUCAAAGCCAGAGGCACCGAGAAGGAGGUGAAAGCAUCGCGGGGGAAGGUGAUCAGUGAUAAGGACCUGGAGUUUUUGCUGGAUCGCAGUGACUUGCUGGACAAGGAGAAGGAGAGUGUGAAGAAAGAGAAGGUGGGAGUCUUCAGAGUGAUCGAUACCAAAGAGUCGUCGGAGAUCACGCUGACCUGAGAACACUUGAACUAUUCAGACAUGAACGUCUGACCACAGUGCUUCAGGAAAAAAUAAAUAAAAAGAAAUAAAAAAAACCUAAAGCUGCAUCCAGGUGGCUCACGGCUGCUGACACUUGUAGUAAAGACUGAAACUUCAUGAAAAUAUUCUGAAACUGCUGUUUGUAGACUUUAAAUAGUGUAGGUUUGAUAGUCCUCUGUUUAAUGAGCUUUGUGUUUUUGUACUGUCUCGGUGCUGAACCACUGUGCCCCUCUUUGAGAUGUGACUGACACUGGGGGUGUUUUUUUUUUGUUUUUUUUUGAAGGCUGUCUGUGAGAUUUUGAAAGACUGACUUUGCCCAGGUUCUUGAGCUCCUUUUCUCCCUGCCAGUGGCAUUAAGACUAUCACAGUACACCAGGACCUGACCUACUCAUUUUCAGGAUGCAUUCACAUCGAUGGUUAUUUUUUUUUUGUUAAGAGAGAAGCCUCCUCCUACCUUCACACAAACUGUCCUCGACUGUUAACAUGCGUGGGUUUAACAUGACUAAGCUGUAGAGACGAGAGCUCGUCGAGUUGGUGCUCUUGUUUGGCCGAUCAAAACAGAUUAUCUCUAUUAUCUUUAACAAUGUUGUAAUCAAAGCACUUUCAUGCAUACAUGUUUUUUCAUGUCUUUUUAUAUAAAUAAAUAUGAUUACUGUA